ACUAGAGGGCGCCGUCACGCUACCUAGAGGACACGCAGCGGCAUGCAGCAGCAGCAGCCCGGUCAGAGGCAGCAGAGUGUCGGGAACUCCUUCAGCUCCACUCUGUAUAUUUCUACUGACCCUCCGUUCACAGGAUUCAUUCAUUCAGCUGCUGCAGCGUGCGUCCACAGAGUCUCUCCAUCCAUCCGUCCGUCCAGCUGUUGUCUUCAUCCAGCGGUGCGCUGCGUCCGGACCUCGGAAGGUCAGACGGAUCAUUUUUGUUUUGCGGAUCUGGUAACUUUAUUCCAUUUUCUCUCCUCCUGAUCCGCGUUGAAUCACCGGGAGAUCAUCACUACAUUCAGCAGCUGUUGAGACCACUUGGUUAAGAGGAUGGAUGGCUGACCUUGGAGCUUGCUGAUUGGUUCCUUGAUCCUCCCUGGUCACAGCUGCUGUCAUGGCCAAAAGCCCGGAGGUGAAGCUGGCCGUCUUCGGCAGAGCGGGGGUCGGCAAGUCAGCUUUGGUGGUGAGGUUUCUGACAAGACGCUUCAUCUGGGAGUACGACCCAACACUAGAAUCAACAUAUCGUCACCAGGCAAACAUUGAUGAUGAGGUUGUCACCAUGGAGAUUCUGGACACUGCAGGCCAGGAGGACAUCCAGCAGAAAGAGGGCCACAUGCGCUGGGGAGACGGAUUCGUCAUUGUGUACGACAUCACAGACCGGGGAAGCUUCGAGGAGGUGGGACCGCUCAGAACUCUACUAGAGGAGCUGAAGAAACCCAAAAACGUUCCUCUGGUCCUCGUGGGCAAUAAGUCUGAUCUGGACCACAUCCGGCAGGUCGCCACAGAGGAGGGCGAGCGGCUUGCAGCUGAGAUGGCGUGCGCCUUCUACGAAUGUUCAGCAUGCGCCAACGAGGGCGGCGCUGUGGCCGAGGCUUUCCACGAGCUGUGCCGCGAGGUGAGGCGCCGCAAGGCUGUGCAAGGCAAGGCCAGACGUCGCAGCUCCACCACACACGUCAAACAAGCCAUCAACAAGAUGCUGACCAAGAUCAGCAGCUAGGGAAGAGCCACAUUAGCAACUCACAAUGCAAGAAAUGUACUUUUUUCUCACGUAAAUGUUAACGCCACUAUCGGCUCAGAAAUGGACUGAAUGUAACUGGUUCAACGUUGAAACUGUUCUUUACUUGUUUUCCUUGAGAAGGUUCCCAGGUGCAAUACCUGCUCCCUCUGAAAGAAGUGAACUCUCUCUUUAUUUGGAUCAAAAUAAUCCUGGGAUCUGAAAUGUUUUAUAAUGCAUCAACAACAGGACGAUGUUCUCAACUUUUUGCUCUCUUAGAUCAACAACUAAGAGAGAUGUGGGUCUUAAAGUCUUGCAUGCAAGCUGUCUUAUUUAGCAUGCUAAGAUCAAAGCAUUUUUAUGUCAAACAAGAUUUGUAGUUCCUGGUCUAUAGGGCAUUAUUGUGUUGUUCUUCUGCCCACGUGUGUCAACUGUCCUGUCAACAGUUGAGGAAAAAGAUCAGAGAACAACUUGUAGCUGUAAGUAGAGCCGCUGUCUUUAAGUGAUGUCAAACUAUGAACAUUUGAAUAAGUUGUCACUGCCUGUUCUUCAAACCUUGUAUGAAGUCUCCUGAUGAAACUAAAUGUUCGUAAAUGGCUCGCUGUGUUUGAGCGGGGUAUCAAGUCAUGGGACCUUAUUGGGCCAUUUUCUGUAGACUUUAAAAGGUUGGUUCCAACAUUUCACAUUCCAGGGAUGUUCUUCAUGGCUGUAAUAGUUCUAUUGUAAACUAAAGUAUGUAUGAUAUGAUGUUAUAUAGCCUUAAGCACUGCUGUGUCUGAGGUGUGUACAGAACCCAAAGGCAUCUACAGUAGAUGACACCGUCUGAUAAAUGUAAUGUUUUUUCUUUAUCUACGUGAGCUGUAUGAUCAAAACACCUAGCUGUGCACUUGUAAUUAAAACCUGAAACAUAUCCUCACA